UAUUCACGUGACGUGCUUAUCUUCUACACUAGAGACGUCCAUAUGAGAUCGAUCAGCCAGGAAAUAUGUUUGAAGAUCUCACAUUGCUGUUGCAGUUUCGCUACUUUUUCUUGGCUAUCUUAUUAGUAUUGUAUCUCUUUAAUAUACAAACUUCUUCCAUUCCUGUUUGAGAUCAUCAUUGCGAAGUGUGUGGUGUUCCCUAACCCAAACUCGAGCUCAUCUCUUUCAUCACACCGGCUGUCAGUUUCUAAUACCCACAGAAUCAAUCACUCGUGGAGUUUGUUCUCGAGCUUUGAGCUUGUUCUUAUUCUUGGAAACUGGCCCUAGAAGACGUACGGUCUCAAACGGUACCGUCCAGUGGAGUAUCAAACGCGAAAUUCCGUUACUUAAGCAAACAUAUUGAGUCAAGUAUGGUUUUCUGUGGCCGUCCUUCUAAAGGAUGCCAUGCAUGCCGAGCCAAGAAAACAAAAGUAAGUUAGCCUACAACCUAGCCCAUGAUCUCUAUACCAUGAAGUAUCUUCAUCUCCAUAUCCAUAGACAAUUACUGAAAUAGAUCAAGUGCGAUGCAGUACCCACCGGAUGUACUCAAUGCUCUAAUGCCGGACGAGCAUGUCCGGGGUACCGAUCUCAAACCGACGUGAUAUUCCGUGAGGAAACAAAGAGCGUGAUUAAGAAAGCAAAAGUCAAGCAUGAAAAAGCCAAGCAAAGAACCACGGGAUCUAUCUCUCCCAGCUCCACAACUCCUAACUCAAACACAUCCUCACUAUGUUCAAGCCGAGAAAGCUCUAGCUCUCAACGCGAUAUAGUUGUAAGAACUCCGCAACCCAGCCAGAUUAUCUCGAUCAAUUAUUUCAACAUAACACCAUCGAUUGAAGAUAAAGCUGCCGCAUUCUUCCUAUCAAAUUAUGUGAUAGGUGAUCAUGGUCCCACUCGAGGACAUCUCGACCUUCUUUCCGAUUUGUACGAAUCCAAUAGCAUAGAUGAUAAUUUAGUCGCAGCGGUCCAUGCAGUUGGUCUAGCGGGUUAUUCACAUUCAGCGAAAGCUCCUCAGCUCAUGAAUCAAGCACGUGCUCAAUACGCCAAAUCAUUACAACUCACCAACGCAGCUCUUCAAUCUCCUAUCGCCGUCAAGAAAGAUAGUACAUUAUUAGCGAUCUUGAUUCUUGGCAUCUUCGAAACCAUCACAGGACGUAAUCAAAAAUCCAUGAAAGCAUGGGCAGAACAUAUCCACGGUGCAGCUGCGGUUAUCAGACUCCGAGGCAGGGAAGCUAUCAAAUCAAAAGGAGGCAUACGUUUGUUAGCUCAAGUAACUUCAAGCCUCUUAACAUCCUGUCUCCAAAGAGACAUCGCCAUCCCGAAAUACAUAACCGAAAUGACAGCAUUCGCGGAAAAAACCAUGACAAACAUAGAUCCAGCCUGGAUAGCCCAAAAAAUCAUGGUCGACUACACCGCAUUUAACGCGAGGUAUCACGCAGGUCAAUACACAGAUCCCGACGUUCUCCUCAACGAAGCCCAAGCCCUAGAUGAGCGCUUCCUCGCCUUUUACAACAACGUCCCAAAAGGCUGGGAACAUACAAUCAUCCACACAAACGAGGAUCCAGAUAUUGUAUUCGAAGGCUACUACCACAUCUACCACGAUCACUGGGUAGCGCAAAUAUGGAACGCCAUAGCAGGUCUUAGAAUCCUCCUCAACGAAACAAUCCGAGACGUCUUAAUACAAGAUUUCGCGUCCGCAAGCCCACGCCUCCAGGGCGCAGAAUACGCGUCGUUAUUCCAAAAAUCCACCACGACGAUAUACACCCUACAAUCCGACAUCCUAGCCAGCAUACCCCAACACAUCGGCUACUGCACUUCAACCCCGCACGCACACCCACAACCGCACAGAAACCCUCAUCCCCAAAACCUCAACACCAAUUUCCCCUCCUCACUCUCGAGCCCCCACAGCGAAAAAUUCCCCACGCUCCGCUUCUCCGGCGGCUAUUUUCUCAUCUGGCCGCUGUUCCUCGUGGGGAUUUCACGUGUGUCUACGAAAGAAGUACGGGCUUUUUGCGUGAGGACUUUAAAGAUUGUUGGAUUGCACAUGGGGAUUCAGCAUGCGUUUUUGUUGGCGAGGAUUAUGGAGGGGGAGGUUCGUGUUACGGUGUGGUAGGGGCAGCGGGGUGGCUGGGCGAAGGGGUAGAGGGAGAGCGAGAGGGAGAGCGAGAGAGGGGCGCUGGUAGGGGCAAGCGCCGAGGUAUGAAGGUGCGUAGAUGGCACUAACACGGGGAACAGCAGGGACAGGGACAGCGACAGAAAGCUAGGUUCCUUGAUGCGGUUAUUGUGAGUAUAGAUAUAAAUAUAGAUAUAAAUAAAGAUAUGGAGGUUCUGCAUCGUGAUGUUUUAUAAUAUGAUAAUAUAAUAUGAUAAUAUUAUAUCAUAAUAUGAAUAGAUGAGUGAGUGACAAGGACGG